AUGGUUGAACAGAACCCUCUGGUGUUGACGAUCUUCAUCUCUACUUGCUUAUUUGCUCUUUGCUGGGGGUUCAUGAUUGUGAUUUGGUGUGAAGAAUACGUGAUUCUCCCCGACUCCAUCGUCUAUCUCAUCGCAAAAUAUCCUACUGUACUCACCCUCGUAUCCACUGUGAUAUCCACGAUUCUGUCAGUAAUUAGCACGGCUCUUUUAUCGUUCGCUGUCAAAAAGGCAAUCAACCAUUAUAUCACUCAACCAAUAUCACUUGUCGAACUUCAUACUGCAAUAGCUCUCACCAAACCACAACCCCUUCUUCGAUGGGAUUAUUACAAACUCUCAAUUUUCUCAUUGAUUUUUGUCUGUUUGGUUGCGCUCCUCAAUUCAAGCUGGACGACAUUAAUAUUGCCCACAUCGCUUUUGUGGCCUGUAAAUAUUCCAGGCAGCGAACUGAACCUCACAAGCAGCGCCUUCGACGCGAAACUAGGUUUUGACGCUGUUCAGCCAACAUAUUUUGAGAAUUUUUACGAUACCCUCGAUAUUAUGGCGUUAAUGAGUGGUACUUCAGCCACACGAUUGGCUGCUGUAGGCGGAAAUGAAAGUGUCUUCGCCUUUAACGGUGUCUCGUACAACACAUCCAGUGGUGGCAUCCUUCCAGCGGUCGAAGAUUAUGCAGGCACGACAUCGUUCCCUACUGCUAUUGGUCUUCAAUACUUCGGUGGAAAAGUCGCGGUCAAUUCGUCGCUCGCCAAAGCCCGGGGCCGUUCUGGGCUCGCUAGAAAUUAUACAGUGACGCAACAGGGUCUUUCGGCGAAUAUUAACUGCAGUUACCUAAGUGACCUUGAUAAAAACGAGUUUUCGACGAGCCUUGAUACUUCCAGUACGCUGGUUCCUGGAAUGUACGUUAGAACAUGGAAUUUGACAGCUUCUUCUCCUCUCGGCGCGGGUGACGGCUAUUGGAUGACCACGGACUUCUGGACAUAUAACAAUUCAUACGAUGGCCUUCUCAGUAUUAUUACCUGUCCUGAUGCGAACUUGACAAAUCCUGCCAAGAUCACAUCAUUCGACAUCUUCGUGGAGCCCUACGGAGAAUAUAGUUUCUUUAGUACAACAGUCUGCCAUGUGGCACCAUAUGUGGCUUUGUUCAAUGUGACAUACAACCAGCUAAUAAUCUCUGUCGACCAACAACCACGUAGUCCCAUCCAGCUACUCCAGGACAACAGCGCGACUGUCACCACCUUCAUAUCAUACGUAAUAUACCGGCUAUCUUCCUCCAGUCAGACGAUAUAUGAUAACGCUUUGGGGGAGUUGCUGCGGCUUAGAGACCCCAACAUGUCGGUGAAUGACGUCUUGGAAAACUACUUCCGCGGCGUUGUAGAGUUUUUCUGCCACACCUACUCUGCAGGAAAUGCCAGCACGAAUUCAACGAUGCAGAGCUUGUACACGAACCCAGAAGCUUUCAAACCCCUGAAUGGAACAAUGUAUAUCACGACCUACGGUUGGUACAGUGGACGCCCUACAUACAUCUAUAUUCUCUGUGUCUUCACUGUCAUCUGGGCGGCCACUGUUUUAGCUGCGGUGUACAGUCUGAUUCAGGAACGUACUCACCCACGCACCAAUCCCACUUUUGAUGUGUCGAACCCAGUCCAUCUUGAUGAUGGCAUCUUCGGCGGGAGGACUAGAAACGCUCGCAGGAUUUGA